AUGCCGUGGACAGCGCCAAUGCCAAAUGUUACCAUCCAGACCAUUCCAGCUCCACAGCAAAACAUCACCUUCCAGUCCAUUCCAGCGCCACAGCAAAACAUCACCUUUGUACCUCCUCCAGCCCCAGCUCCUCUACCGCCCCCGACGGCGCUGCCAGACAAACAUAUGAUUCAAGAAUUUGGCCCAUACGGCAAUUACCUUGGACUACGCCCCGAGACAGAGAAGGAGAAGGACGACAGAGAAUAUGCGGCUUGGAAGGCGGAGCAUGGAGCCAAGUAG